AUGGGUCCUGUCUUGGGACGAAGCUCCUAUAUUGACGAAUCGCGCAUGGGGCGUCGACCUGGGACCAAUUAUGUGAGGAAUUGGACGCGUUGUUAUACAGACUACGAUCCUGGAAUAUCUCUCUUACCCAAAAGUGAAUUCGGAAAGUUGACCAUCCCAUUCCUUUCUCACGAAGUGAGUGCGGACGGAAUCAGAGCCUUGCCGAAGAUUGUCAAAGGCAUAGAGGACUUACCUUUCCCGUCGACGUACAAGGGAGUGCGGUCCUUCUUAGGAAGUCUGAACUACUACCAUAAGUUCAUUGAAGUCUUACCAGUAGCUGCCGCUGUGCUCUACGAACUAGACGAAGAACGUGUACGCGCUGGACAGAACCUGGAAGCCGCAAAGGAGCCUUUCGAGAUACUGAAACGCAAGAUCGUGUCGACCCCGCUGUUGCGACAUCCACGCAGAACAAAGCCUUUCGUGAUAAUUCCGCAUGCCAACCCGUGGGCAGCGUGUGCGGUUCUGGGUCAGGAGCAUGAAGGACUCAUACAUCCAGUACGAUUUACUGGCAGGGUGUUGAAGGAAUCAGAGCUACGUUACCACAUAGCUGAGAAGGAAGUGCUCGCAAUCUUGCGGACUCCAUGGAUCAGAAUUCCCAGUUGUGGUGUAUACGCGCUACUCUGUACUAAAUGGGGGUUGGAACUAUCAAGAUGGACACUGGAAAUCUAUCGGACUCAGAAAGAUGAGAACGGCCUUGCAGCUAUCCUUGGACCCGGUAUCACUCCCAGGGAACAUUUAGACGAAGUCGCAGAAACCCUGAUUCCCGCCAAGGGGCGGCUGAAAGUAAUGUCACCAGUGAUUCUGGAAAUGUUGGAAGCAGACUACCAAGGCUACGUUCUGAGUUUUGAUGGCGCUGUGAAGAUUUCUACUCGCCGAGGAAGUUGCGGAUGCAUACUGUGGAAGCUGCCAGGGUGGCAGGUCGUGAAAGCUGAAGGAUACAUUCUUGAAGGUGUGAUGGUCAAUGAUGCUGGAUACCAUGGUGUGAUUCUGGGCUAA